AUGGCGAAACUGUGUACACUCGUUAUAUUAACUGCCGUGCUCGCGGUCAGUCAAGCAGCAAAUAUUGAAAAAAGGUACAUUAGUCUGUUUAACACGAGAAAAUCUGGUGGUUUAUUCUCCCCAUUGGGUUCGAUUGGCAUCGAAUCACCUGCUGUUCCAUCCGGAGGCUACACAAAUGACAACCUAGGGGUUGUUGUAGAUGCGGUAGCACCUGGCACAAGAACUUCUGGAGUAGAGCCUACAGGUCUUGGUGGUCCCAGAACUUCCUACGGAUCAUUAGACUCUAAAGUCGGCGAUGCAGCGUUUGAGGUCGGAGGAAUCAGUUCAUCAGGAUCAGUUGAAGAAUAUGAACAUGAUAAAAUUCAUGCUCAAAAGUUUGCUCAUAAUGUAGGACUUAGUACCAAAGGAGGUGCUAGUGAAAUCGCUUCUGCCUUUGGUUCAAGUAAACAAGUAGAAACAGAAUUACCGAGCUUUGGUCUCGGUUCAAUAGGCUCUAAAGACGAAGAUGCAUCAAUUGCUGAUGCAAGUUUAAAAGUUAGUGCCGCUGGUGUCGAUUCUCUGUUUGGCUCAGGUAUAGGUCAAAAAGAAAAUGUGGAACUGCCUGGCAUUGGCGUCUUACCAAAAGUUAGUUCUUCAGUAGUAGGAGUAGAAGGAUAUAAAAAUGAUAAAUCUCAUGAACAAAAAUUUGAAUUAGAAGGUGGCAUAGCUACCCAUCCACAUGUUGAAACUUUGACGUCUCAGAAGCAAAAUGCCAAAGAAGAAUCUGUCAGCCACGUUCUCGAUGGCUCGUACAACGUUCAAAAUAACAAUGACAAGAGUGAUAAUGCAAAGUGCAAUGGUGAAGAGAAGACAAACCUAUCUAUAAACAGUGGCGAUUCAAUACUUAAACCUAAUUUAGUAGGUCAGGGAUCCACUGUUGUCCAAGGUUCCAUUGGAAAUGGUCAAAGCAUAUCUACGGCAGGACAAUCAAUUGAAAAUAAAUUUGAUGGUUUUGGUUUAAACGGUCAAACUGAAACACUAAACACACCGGAAUUUCUAUACGAUGUGGGUAAGAUUGGUGUAACAGGGGGUUUUCAGACUGCCGGUUCUUAUGGAGUAAAUCAAGAGAAAACGCAACAUUUUGGAAUCCACGCAGAGAAACAUGGUGAAUCUAAUGUCGUCAAUCAUCAAUCCUCAGUUUCUACCUCUGCCUCAACAUCUUCAGUUGGAACACCAAAUCCAGGCCAACAAGUACCCGGUUCCACACAGUGCACCAAUGCAUUUAAUACAGGUAAUUUCAAUCAAGCUGGGCAAAACUCUGAGGAUUCCAAAUUCGGUUCAUAUUUUUUAACUAGUCCAUUUUAUCCUGGCUAUACGGUGGUUGAUAACAGACAGAAACUAUCUGGUUAUGAAGGUGUCAAAUUUUCCACAAAUUCUUCUCCAUUAAAAGCAGCCCCACUUGUAAAUUUUCAAGGACUCCAUUUUCCCAUCAAAAAUUCCCUUAAUCUUGAUUUAAAUAAACCUAUUAUAUCACCCCAAUACAGACAACACCAAGGUUUAACGUCUUCACAUUACAAAGUUCUAACACAGACUUAUGUGCCUUCUUUCACUUCUGCUUUUCUUAAACCUUCUACAAAUUUUGCUCAAUUAUCAUCAAAUAAAGGUUCAUUUUCAUCUAAUGGAGAUCAAGAUUCACUUUCUCAUAAGUCUACUUUCCUUUCUGAUCAGAAACUUUUAGUCCAUAAUCAAUCAAAUCAAAAAUCUUCCGAAUUCAGUGUCAUACCAACUCAGUUUGGUAGCAUGUCUGGUUCCAAGUUUCUUGAAAAGCCACUGACUAUAGGGAUUCCUACUACACCUGCCGCAUUUGAGAAGAUGCCUGAAGCAAAAUCAAUAUCGAACAUUGUCUCAGGCAGUCAAAACAAUCAAUUUGGGUUUCCAUUUAGCUCAAUAAAUAAUGCGAAGCAUAAUGGCUCUUACCAAGAUACCCUACUAGGUUUAGUAACAGGAUCACAAGGACUGUCUGGUCAAAAACAUACUGGUUCUGGUUCCCAACAGCCUCACUUAUCUUUCUCUUUGCGUGAUCUUUUAAAUUACAAACCUCAGUCAACAUUUAGUAAAUCUUUCAGUCAGUCGUAUACGUCCCAAGGCAAUACAGCAAAUAAACCGUUCGAUAGCAUACCAACGCCUCUUCAUAGACAUUCUGGUGUAGGAAUAGGACAGAAUCAUGAAUCUGCUGCUAGUACCUCUGCAAGCUCUGGGUCAUUUAGAAACACCAAAACAAAGUAUCAAACUACGAAUAUCGGCACAAACGGUCUUCAACCAUUCGUUGGUUCUCUAACGCAAACUGUUAACAAACAAACAAAAGUUUUCAAAUUAACACCAUCAACUGAUUUACUAUCUGUUGCCCAUUCAAUUUUUGAUCAAAGUGUUUCCAAAGUAGCCAACACCGUACCUGGUGCUGAAAUUCCAAUUUCUGUUACAGAAAAAAGUAGCGAGCUCGCCAGUUUUAUAGGAAAAGGCGAAACUUUCGGAGGACCCAGAGAUCCUCCUAGUUUUGAUAUUAAAGCUGGAUAUCAUUAUUGA